UUUAGCACUGUGCGUCAGGCGCGGUGUGGAGUGUUGAACGGGGAAUAUAGGAUUUUAAAACAUAAUAAUGUUUUCCUCACUGCUGGAGGCGGCGCGCAGCUCGCCGUUCCACGGCCCGCUCACUCCGGCUAAAUGUGAUGCCAUCACUGCCCCCUCACAGGCCAUGGCCGCCAACGCGGCGACGGAGCUGGGCGACUCGUGCGAGUUCGGCUCCACCAAGUACUUCGCGCUCUGCGGCCUCGGGGGCAUCCUUUCCUGCGGUAUCACCCACACGGCCGUAGUGCCCCUCGAUCUGGUGAAGUGCCGCCUCCAGGUUGACGCCGACAAGUACAAGAAUGUGGUGAACGGGUUCAAGGUGUCCGUCCGGGAGGAGGGCAUGCGAGGCUUGGCCAAGGGCUGGGCUCCCACCUUCAUCGGGUACUCCCUGCAGGGUCUGUGCAAGUUCGGCUUGUACGAGGUGUUCAAGGUGGGUUACAACAACCUGCUGGACGAGGAGACGGCCUACACGUACCGCACGUUCGUCUACCUCGCCGCUUCGGCCUCGGCCGAGUUCUUCGCCGACAUCGCGCUCUCGCCCCUUGAGGCCGCUAAGGUCCGCAUCCAGACCAUGCCCGGCUUCGCCAACACACUCCGCGAGGCGUGGCCCAAGAUGGUCCAGAAUGAGGGCUACGGCACCUUCUACAAGGGCCUGGCCCCGCUCUGGGGCCGACAGAUCCCCUACACCAUGAUGAAGUUUGCCUGCUUCGAGAAGACGGUCGAGCUGCUCUAUAAGUACGUGGUGCCCAAGCCCCGCGCGGACUGCACCAAGGGCGAGCAGCUGGUGGUGACCUUCGCCGCCGGUUACAUCGCCGGCGUGUUCUGCGCCAUCGUGUCCCACCCCGCCGACACCGUGGUCUCCAAGCUCAACCAGGAUAAGACCGCCACUGUCGGCUCCAUCGUGUCCAAGCUCGGCUUCGCCGGAGUGUGGAAGGGUCUCGGGCCCAGGAUCAUCAUGAUCGGUACCCUCACCGCGCUGCAGUGGUUCAUCUAUGACGCCGUCAAGGUGUGGCUGCGCAUGCCUAGGCCGCCGCCCGCCGAGAUGCCCGAGUCCAUGCGCAAGCGGCUCGAGGCCGAGGGCAAACUCAACUAAACCACACACCGCCCACUGUACCAAAUAAUGGACAAGACUCCAGUACUCUAGGGUAGCCUCGCCGACGGAUCAA